AUGCUUGCAUCAGAUGUUGAUGAUGAUUAUAUGUGUGAAGAAGAAGAUUAUGGAUUAGAGUAUUCAGAAGAUAGUAAUUCUGAACCUGAUGUGAAUUUGGAAAACCAAUAUUACAACUCAAAAGCCCUUAAAGAGGAUGAUCCUAAACAUGCUCUUGAUUCAUUUCAAAAAGUAUUGGAACUAGAAUCUGGUGAAAAGGGUGAAUGGGGUUUUAAGGCUUUAAAGCAAAUGAUUAAGAUUUUUUUUAAGCUUAAUGAAUUUGAAGAAAUGAUGACAAAAUAUUUGCUUCUUUUAACUUAUAUAAAAAGUGCUGUAACAAGAAACCACAGUGAGAAAUCUAUAAAUUCUAUUUUAGACUACAUAUCAACCUCGAAAAACAUGGACCUUUUGCAGAACUUUUAUGAAGCAACUUUAGAAGCUCUUAAAGAUGCCAAAAAUGACCGAUUAUGGUUCAAAACUAAUACAAAGUUAGGGAAAUUGUAUUAUGACAUUGGGGAUUAUAACAAACUUGCUAAAAUAAUCAAGCAACUUCAUCAGUCUUGUAAAACAGAUGAUGGUGAAGAUGACUUAAAGAAGGGUACCCAAUUAUUAGAAAUAUAUGCCCUUGAAAUUCAGAUGUAUACUGCUCAAAAGAAUAACAAGAAGUUAAAAGCUCUUUAUGAACAAUCCUUGCAUAUUAAGUCUGCUAUACCUCAUCCAUUGAUUAUGGGUGUGAUUAGAGAAUGUGGUGGAAAAAUGCAUCUUCGAGAGGGUGAAUAUGAAAAAGCUCACACUGAUUUCUUUGAAGCCUUUAAAAAUUAUGAUGAAUCUGGUAGUCCAAGAAGAACUACUUGUUUGAAAUAUCUUGUUUUGGCUAAUAUGCUUAUGAAAUCAGGCAUAAAUCCAUUUGAUUCACAAGAAGCUAUACCUUACAAAAAUGAUCCAGAAAUAUUAGCAAUGACUAAUUUGGUUUCCUCUUAUCAGAAUAAUGACAUAAAUGAAUUUGAGCAAAUACUUCGAAAUCAUAGGAAGAAUAUUAUGGAUGAUCCUUUUAUUAAAGAACAUAUUGAAGAUCUUCUGAGAAAUAUUAGAACACAGGUUCUCAUUAAAUUAAUAAAGCCUUACACAAGGUUACAUAUUCCUUUUAUAUCAAAGGAACUUAAUAUUGAUGUUGCUGAUGUUGAAAGUCUUUUGGUAUCUUGCAUCCUGGAUAAAUCAGUUCAUGGUAAAAUAGACCAAGUAAACCAAGUUCUUGCACUCAGUGAGGAAACUGAUAAUAGUUCACGUUUUAUGGCUAUUGACAGAAUGGCAUCGCAACUCAGCAAUCUGCAGCUUGUAAUUACUAAUAAAAUGUCAUGA